UCAAAUACCGAAGUUGAAGAAACUAUUAAGCGUCUUUCAGCAAACAAAUAUGUGAAAGAAGUAUUGAUUGUUAACAAAGAGGGGCAAACGAUUAAAUCUACUUUAGAUGAAACUUUGUCCAAAAAGUACUCAGAUUUGAUCACCAAACUUAUUGAACAAACAAAUUAUGUUAUUAAAGAGAUGGAUGAUGAAACUAAAUCU